AUGGUCUUGUGGCUGUGUGGAGGGGGUGUUGGGUUCGGGGGGUGGAGGGUUGGGGAGACGGGUGGCGGGGCGGGGCUGGGGGGUGGGGGGUUGAGUGGGCUGCGGAUUGGUGGGGGUCGUGUGACGGUGGGGGGGGGUGGGGGUGGGGGGGGGGGUGGGGAGGGGGGUGGCGAGGGGGUGUUGGGGUGGGGAGCGAGUAAGGGAGGAGGGGGGUGGGUGGAGGCGGGGUGUGGGUGGGGGGGGAGGGGGUGGGGCGGGGGGUGGGGGUGGGAAAGGGGAGCGGGGGAGUUGGGGGAGGGGGUGGGCGGAGGAGGGGGGGGGGGGGGGGGGGGGGCGGGUGGGUGGGGGGGGUUGGUGGAGUGGGAGGGGCCGGGGUGCGGGGGGUGGGGGGGGGGGAGGGGGGGAGGGGGCCAUGGGUGGGGGGGGGGGUGGGUGGUGGGAGGGGGUGGGGGGGGGGAGGGGGGAGGGUGGUGCAGGGGAGGGCGGGGGGAGAGUGGGGGCGGAGGCGGGGGGGGGGGGCGGGAGGGUGUUGGAGGGGGAGGGUGA